AUGUACUGUCAAUUUAUGAGUGAGUACGAAAUGUUGGGUCAUAUGAAUCGCAUAGAUAGCGUUGAUUAUCCUAACUACUUCUUACCUCAUCACGGUGUUUUUAGAGAAAAUAGCUCUACUACAAAACUGCGAGUCGUAUUCAAUGCUAGUGCUGCCAGUUCAUCAGACAAAUCACUCAACGAUAUACAAUUACCCGCCCCAGCUCUCCAAAACGACAUACCAAAGUUAGAGCUCUGUGGCGCACUAGUAGGUGCAAAACUUUACAAAAAGGUGAUCGAAUCUUUACGGCUAACUUUCAACCGGGUCUUCUUCUGGACCGACUCUACUAUUGUCAUCAGUUGGGUCCAGAUGUCACCGCAUUUACUGAAACCGUUCGUACAAAAUCGGGUCACAGAAAUAAACGAACUUACGAAUGACUCUAUCUGGUUCCAUGUUGCUAGUGGAGACAAUCCAGCUGACCUAUUAUCGAGAGGGCUAAAUCUCGACAUGUUGGCUAGUUGUGAUCUGUGGUGGACCGGUCCGCCUUAUCUACGAAAUCCUCAUUUCAACAUUCAGGAUCAUGUAAAAAGUGUCGGUAACGAAAAAUCUUACAUAAACGUUUUACCAGAGUUAAGGUCUCAAGACGCAUCUAAUUUUAUUUGUGUUCGUUCAGAAGUUUUUGUUCAAUUUGAAAAUUAUUCAUCUUUCAAUAAGUUAAGACGUACUUGGGCAUAUGUAUUACGUUUUCUGAACAACACACGUAACCGUAUCCACCGCAGUGAUAAGUCAAUUGAUCAGCUUGAUUGUCUAUCCGUAGACGAAUUGAAUGCGUCGGAACUCAUUUUAGCUAAAUUCGCCCAGAUGCAAUCGUUUCCAGAAUUAUACGAACGAUUGUUAAGUAAUUUACCAAUUAAAUCCAACGGCAAGGAGAUGAAUCGUAUAUCCGGUUUGAAUGUAUUCUUAGAUGCUCAAAACAUAAUACGCGUUGGUGGUAGACUAGGUAACGCAACUACUUUCGAUUAUGACAAGAAACAUCCUAUACUUUUGUGUAACAAACACCAUUUUUCACCUCUCACGCCUGGCCAUUUCCUUAUUGGCCGACCAUUAACUGCUCCGCCAGUCGAGAGUUUACUGGACGUCUCUACCUCAAGACUAUCUCGCUACCAUUACAUUGAGCAGCUACGUCAACAAUUCUGGCAGCGCUGGUCUCGAGAAUAUGUGUCCGAACUUCAACAACGGACUAAGUGGAAGACGCAACAGAAGGACAUUAAACUGGAUGCUUUAGUCAUUUUAAAGGACGACAAUUUACCGCCUCUUAAAUGGAGAUUGGGACGAAUCAAACAAGUAUAUCCGGGUGCUGACGGUGUCUCCCGGGUGGCAGAUAUCUACACAGCAGCUGGGGUAACAAGAAGAGCAUUUUCUAAGAUAUGCCCUUUACCACUGCAGCCAGAAGAUAACUAA